UUAAAGUCCCAGCUUCCACCAGAGCCGCUGACAUUUCGACACUCAGCAGGACAGAUGGCCACAGCUGGACAGGUCAUCAGGUGCAAGGCAGCAGUAGCCUGGGAGUUCAACCAGCCUCUGGUGAUCGAAGAGGUUGAGGUGGCGCCGCCUCAGGAGAAGGAGAUCCGGAUCAAGAUCGUGGCAACAGGAGUGUGUCAGUCGGAUCUGUACUUCCUGUCCAAAUGUUCGAAUCAGACGGCGUUCCCGGUGGUUUUUGGCCAUGAAGCAGCCGGUGUGGUGGAGAGCAUCGGACCCGGGGUCACAGAGUUCCAGCCGGGAGACACGGUGAUCCCGCUGUUCAUGCCUCAGUGUCGGGAAUGCCGCCUCUGCAAGAGUCCCAAGACCAAUCUCUGCGUCAACGGGUCGGCCGGAAAAAUUGAUGAGCGGAGCUUUGAGCGCUCCAGGAUCAGCUGCAGGGGCAGGAAGCUGCUGCAGUUCCUGGGAACCAGCAGCUUCUCUGAGUUCACCGUGGUGAAGGAGAUGUCUGUGGCCAAGAUCGACCCGGCGGCGCCGCUGGACAGAGUCUGUCUGAUCGGCUGCGCCAUCUGCACCGGCUACGGAGCGGCCGUCAAUACCGCCAAGGUGGAAGCGGGCUCCAGCUGCGCCGUGUUCGGUCUGGGAGCCGUGGGCCUGGCUGCCGUCAUGGGCUGCAAGGCGGCAGGAGCCAGCAGGAUCAUCGCCAUCGACAUCAACCCGGACAAGUUUGAGAAAGCCAAGGUGUUGGGAGCCACUGAUGUGGUGAACCCCAACGACCACAGCAGACCCAUCCAGCAGCUGCUGCAGGAGAUGACCGGCGGCGGAGUGGACUUCUCCUUCGAAUGCAUCGGGAAUGUGGAGGUCAUGCGCAGCGCCUUGGAGUCAUGCGCCCCCGGCUGGGGGGUCAGCGUGAUCGCCGGCUGGACCGACAUGGAGAACUUCAGCGCCCCGCCCAUCCACCUCAUGACUGGACGGAAAUGGACGGGAACUCUGUUUGGAGGGUUUAAAGGGAAAGACGGCGUUGCUCAGAUGGUCAAAGCUUACCUGGACAGGAAGCUGAUGGUGGACGAGUUCAUCACCCACAACCUGAGGCUGGAGCAGAUCAACGAAGCCGUGGAGCUGAUGAAGAACAGCCGGUGCAUCCGGGCCGUGCUGAGCGUUUCUCCUCAGUGACGUCAUCGAGCGUCUGUCCAGGAACGUUUCCAUCCUGACCCACAGAUCCUCCUGCUGACGUUACAAAAUAAACAGUUGACCUGGAUUCUGCCUUGGACUGACUCUAUGUUUCUAGUUCUAGUUUAAUCUUUUGCAGAACGUAUCUAGAAGCUGAUUUCUCGUUUUGUCUCGUUUUAUCUUCAGACAAAUCUUCUAAAUAAUAAUCAUGUCAGCAGUUCAGUCUGAUAACAAUCUGAUGAAUCCUAAACGAUGAAAUGUGAUCUUUGUCAAACUGAUGAUAAAGUAAAACUAAACAUUCUUCUUUUAAUUUUGGUUUAUUAGUUUGAUUAUUGAGUUCAACUAUUUCUUGUGACUUUUUCUUUUAUUUUUACGGAUUUAUUAUCAUAAAACUCGUAUUAUUUG